UGGAUGAUUGACACUUUACCCUGUGGUUAAGCCAGGCUAUGCAGGGCGUGUGGCGACUGAUUCCCCAUGCCCCCUGACAGUAGUCACUGGAUUUGCUAUGAUGUGUGGUGAUUUUGGUGGCCAGUGUGAGGAGGUCCUUAUAGUGGUCUGUUGUUGCUUUAAUUGCCAUGGCUCCAUCCUCAUGAAUUUUGGGAUCUGUCAUUUUGGGAAACACUUUGAAUUGCCUGCCAGAGGCCAGGUCAUGAUAAAGUUCACAGCACCCCACCAAACUCCAAAUCGUAUGGCAAAUAAAUUGGGACCAAUUCAGUAUAACUCUGCAGUGUGUUUUUACCUAAGGACAAUGGCUAUAAACUGUCCAGUAGCCAGAGAUGGUUAAUGUCUAUAAAGUCUGGAAUUGGGAAAAUGUACUCUUCAUCUGAUCAUAGUUCAGAAGAACCCUCUGAUGCCAGUUAAGAGUUUCUGUUCUUUUGAUUCUCAACAAAAGCAGCCACAAACUCUCUGCUUCAGGAGCAAAUAAGCUAUUUUAACUGCAGACUGCUGCACCAAAAGUUUUCAUGUGGAAACAAAAAGAGGAAGAAACAAUCAGAGGCGGCUUAACACCAGAAAGUUACUUAUAAAGCUUUCUCUCCUGCUCAAGGAUUUCCGUUUAACACCCUGUACUGCAGAAGGGAGGAUACUGUGACAUCUACAUAGCAAUAAACGAAACUUUUUUUGUUUGUGAACCACACUAAUAGAAAUGAAAGUGUUGCAUAAGAAGCCUUGAAGGUGCCCAAAGGUCUGUGCAACAUAUCUGCUCACCACUGUCGUACAUUUCUUGCCCUAAAGGAACAGGAAGCUUUUGUGAAGAAUGUUGUCAGAAGGAUACCUCUAUGGAAUUCCUUACUUGGAUCUUUUGAAUCAUGAGCUUUGUCACAAACAAGAAGAGUCUGCAAGGGAGUUGAAGUCUUUGAAUGGGAUCAUCUAUGAAUCGGCAAAGGAAGCAAAUGACAAAACUUUCUGGAGUUGUCGAUCUGUUGGCAAGUUAAUCUACUCUGUUUGUUCCAAAGAAAAUAGAAACAGUAGAAAACAGAAAACCACAUUGGCGCAGACUAAUCAAAACCCAUUAUUUGAACAUCGAUCAUCUGCAGCUCUGGACAUCUCCAUGGGAUAUGGUGUAAAUGGAGACACCUACCUGGUUCCACCUUCUUGUAAAAGCAUUUGCAAAAAUUACAAUGACUUGCAUAUUGCUGGUGACCAGGUGCUGCCUAUGAGUUCAGUGAAAAGAGAUUUUACUUAUAACAGUGGCAUAGGACCAUUCCUAGAAUCAUCUGAGAUCCCACCACCAAUUGAAUCUAUAUCACUUCCUCCAGCUGAUAAUCCUCCUAAGCCAGUUCAAGGGUAUUCCUCAUGCUGGCGAGUGGCCAGCAUCAUGCAGCACCAGCAACCCUUAUCUAAUUCAAUACUGAACAACUACUUGGAGGAGAAAGUAGUAGAGUUAUACAAGCAAUACAUCAUGGAUGGCAUGGGCAGCAGUGCAUCCCCCACCCACAUCUUGGCGUCAGAAUUCAUCAUGACCAAUGUAGAUCAAAUUAGCAUGAAGCUAACACAAGAGAAGAAGAUGAACAGCACCAUAGCCAAAGAUAUGGUCAUUAACUGCCUACUGCAACUAGCUAGCGGGAAGGUCUCUACUGAAAUGAGCACUCCGAGUCUCCACAUUUCCCAGUUCAGCACUGUCACUAAAUAAAGUUUGUCUGUGACUCAAAAGCUCUAAGUUUUGGCCAUUGACAAUCAUAAUAGAAAAUCAGUUUAGUUUCUGUCAGGUAAAAUAUGCUUUAUUUUUUAGAUGAACUGUUGAAAGGAUUGGUUUAGAAAUUACACAACAGGGAUGAGAAAAAAAUGGAUGCUCCAGAUGUUUUAGAUUAGAAGUCCUUCAGUUUUAUAUCACUUGCCAGUUUGGGUUGAGAUAAUGGAGAUUGUGAGUCAAAACAGCAGGUGAGUCAAAUAUCCCUUACAUCCACCAUAAAGACACUUUAGUUUCCCCCCAAAAGUUACUAUUUCCUGUUUUCUUUCAAUGAUGAUUUAAUCACCUGCAUCUCCCUACAUUGCAUGAAAAAUUUCCUGGCUCCAUCCUUUCAUUGCCAAUAUGAUUUUAGCAUUUCCCAUUAAAUGUGGAUGAUCUCCAAA